AUGCCUGCUUGUAGACAACCUCUGGGUUUGGUCUUGGCCACCAUCGACUUUCUGGGGAGCAUCAUAACCUGUGUUUUUCCUGCAUGGAAAUUCACAAAAUUCAUUGGUGUCGACAUCAUUACUGCUCACACGAUCUGGGAGGGUAUUUGGAUGAACUGUGUGACCCAGAGUACAGGCCAGAUGCAGUGUAAAGUCUACAAUUCUCUGCUGUACUUACCUCACGACCUGCAGGCUGCCAGAGCGCUCACUGUCAUCUCCAUUGUCUUCGGGUUCUUGGGAAUGCUGCUUGGUACUGUUGGAGGCAAAUGCACCAACUGUGUGCGGAAUGAAAGGCAAAAGAGCAAAGUGACUCUAGCUUCUGGAAUCAUCUUCAUCACUGGAGGCAUCUUUGUGCUCAUACCAGUCUGCUGGGUUGCCAACACAAUCAUUAGUGAUUUUAAGAAUCCUAUCCUAACCAGUGCUCUGAAGAGGGAGCUGGGCAUGUCGCUCUACAUCGGCUGGGCUUCUGCAGGACUGCUCUUACUGGGAGGAGGCCUCCUCUGCUCCUCCUUUUACGAGGUUGUCCAAGAUGGCGCCAGUAGUGUAGUUUAAUACAUAUAGAAGUAUUUAGGAUGUCACUCAGUGGAAAUUCAUUAUAAAGUACAUUUUAUGCUGCAUAUAUUUAUAUUUUUAUUGUAUUGUUUAUCUUGUUUUCAGUUUCACCCUUUUGAAUGUCAUUAAACCUGCUGACAACGGUCUUCGGUCUCCAGAGUUGUGAUAU